ACAUUCUCCACCAAUCACCGCACGCUCUUCCCGCCUAUAUUAACUCAACCUUUCUCCAACCGACCAACAAACAGCAAACAACAAAAACUAGGGUUAGGGUUUGCUUGCUGUUACUUCAUCUCUCUGCAUCCAACUUGUUAAACGAAGGAGAUGAGUUCGACGACCAAGGGCGGGCGGGGGAAGCCCAAGGCGACCAAGUCCGUGUCCCGGUCCCACAAGGCGGGCCUGCAGUUCCCCGUGGGUCGGAUCGCCCGGUUUCUCAAGGCUGGGAAGUACGCGGAGCGGGUCGGUGCCGGAGCCCCGGUCUAUCUCUCUGCUGUCCUUGAGUACCUCGCUGCUGAGGUAUUGGAACUUGCUGGGAAUGCAGCAAGAGAUAACAAGAAGAACAGGAUAGUGCCAAGGCACAUUCAACUAGCUGUGAGGAAUGAUGAGGAGCUUAGCAAGCUUUUGGGGUCUGUGACCAUUGCCAACGGAGGUGUUUUGCCAAACAUCCACCAGACUUUGCUUCCUAAGAAGGCCGGUAAAGGCAAGGGCGAGAUUGGUUCUGCUUCUCAGGAGUUUUAGAGGAAAACUCUUCUAAUGGGAAAAAACAACAAUAGGAUGUUAUAUAGUAGGAACUAUGCUUUUCCCUUUUAUUAUUCUAUCUUUGGGAUUUUGUAUUAGUAGAGAGCAUUAUGGGUAGCUCCUCUGGGCACAUAUGAAUUGAAGUGUCUCUGCUUUUAAGCCUUUUGAUGGGUAAUGUCUAUUGUGAAUAUGGUAUUUUUGGAUUACCUGACUUGUAUCUUGCUGAAUUCAGUAUUGCAGAUGAAAACUUGCAAUUUAGCA